AUGGACAGCAGCAGCGUGCAGGCGACCGAGGACCUCUCCGCCGCGGGGAAGAUUAACAAGAUGGUGAGCGAACUGAAUCUCGAGAUCGACCUUGAGGAGGAGGAGCGCGGGGACGGCGAAGGAGACGAGAGCGAAGUCCUGGCGAGGAGAGGGAGGGUAGACUUCCUCCUUCAGACAGGGAAGAAUGCGAAGACGCCCUAUGUGCCUCCUGAAGAAGUUGAGCUGUUUAAUUACACGGGCAAGAGUCGUCGUCAACUGCACCAGGACCUAGCGAAGAGUGGACAGCCCCCCCACCAGGCAUCCCGAGUCCGGCGUGGCAACCUGGGGGGCCCGCCGACGGAGAGGCGCGACGAGCACCUAGGACCUCCCCGGCGACGCAAGGGCGGACCAGCGACCCAGCCCCACAGCGCCAGAGACUACCUACUCACCGCCCGCGCCACCGCCAGGGAUAAGCACCUCGCUCGCGUAGCCGAAGUGGAAUCUCGACGUCUGGACAAGGAGCUGCAUCGAGAACGAGCCAUCAACGCCGAUCUCGAGUCCCAGCUGAUGUUCCACGAGUCCGCCCUUCAGGAGUUCCUUCAGCAUCACUACAGACAAGUGUCCGAUGCGCUUUCUAAAGGCGAGGAAGCCCGACGGAACCUGACCGAGCAGGAGGUCCGAAUCGACUAUUUCUCAGGGCUGCUGGCGGAGGCGCAGACGGUGCAGGAGGAGGAAGAGGAGCGCCUGCAGGAGCUCACGGCAUUCCAGCAAUUCCUGUCAGCUGUCACACCUGCGCAGUCACUCCGGGAUCUCAAAAGACGGAUCCAAGAAGUACAGGAUGAAGUUAAGGCUUCCCGAGGGCUGAGUGGAGGUCGAAGAGACAGCGUCCUCUCCCUGUCCUCGGGCUCCGUCGACCUCUCCUUCGCUGCCACUCUUGCGGCCGCUGUUAAUUCUCGCGCCUCGUCGCCUAUCGGUGGCGGUGAAGGCGGAGGAGGUGGGUCAUUGGGCGCUGACCUCAUGUCGCUCCGUAUGACCCGUCUGGCUCCUCCCACCAGCCGUUCCUCCUCGCGAACGGGUCACCGAACGGCACGCACUCGCUCGCCGGAGGAGGUCACGGAUUUGGAGGUCCACGACGGCACUGAGGUCGGAGAGGAAGAGACGUUCGACGACCACAUGGAGGACCACGAGCGUCUGGUGGACUUGGCACACGUAUAUGAGUCACAGUGCCACUCCCUGCUGGCACUCCUCACAAGGCUGCGCGACCAAACGGAGGCCAUCAACACCGAAGUGCAGACGCGGCAGAAGAGGCUGGACGCCCGCUUACAGGAGAUCCAGCAGCUGGUGGAGAAGGCGAAGGGCGGGGAGCACGAGUCCCAGCUGAAGGACCUGUGCACGCUCAUCUCGGAGUGGCCGAGGCUCUCAGACGACGCCGAGGCACAGAAUCAGCUGGACCAACUCGUGGCUCAGAUUGCAGAGGUGGUGAGCGAUGUAUUCGGGUCGAGCAAAUACUCGCCGCUGGUUCCUCAGACGCCGGAGGUCGAGAAUGGAACUGCAGGGAAAAAAUCUGCGAAGGGAACUAAUGGGGCAAAAAGCAACAGCAGCAUGGGACAGGAGGCUCUGCUUGCCCUCUUGGAAGCCCGAGUUACAGACCUCUGCGCUCAGCUAGACACCAUAAGCCCGGAACUAAGAGAUUCUAUAUUUUUGAACUGCGAACAAGCUCGGUACGCGCGCCUCAAGGAGGAAAAGCGCCAAGAAACGGAGAUGCGCAGAGCCGAGAGGAAACAGCGCCAUCUGGAGAGAGCUCUUGCAGACCCUCCUCCAAAACCUCUAUAGGAAUCGCCAUUUUAAUAACUGGAUUGCCGUUGGCUCGAGAGAUUUUAACGUGAUGAUCAUGUAGCGAGAGAAGGCUAUAUGCGAUGAACCUUUUUAUGUUUAUGUAAUGUUAUGUUAUCUCUGUGACUGUUGGUAAAAGCAACAUUUUGUAUGAUAUGAAUGUAUGACCAUUUGCCAGCAUUCCAAGAAAUGAUUGAAACAUAAUGAUUUUAUUCUAAGAACAGAAAUUAAUGAAAUAAAGAAAAUAGUAAAAACAGGUUGUAACAACGAGUCCAAAUGAGCACAGAAUGUUGCAUUCUCCUGUCCUUUACGAUUUCAUCUUAACAGCAUUUCCAAUACAAAUCUGAAAUAAAUAGAUAAAUAAUUCUUCAACUUUGUUCCAAGAUGAGUUAUUUCCUUUGUCAUUUGCUCUGGAUACUGGAGGGACGAGAGGCAGAGGGAAAAUGCAUGGUUGCAUUUGACUGCAGAUAACUUGUUGGUACAUUCUCUACCAUAUGUAGUAUUGGUCACAUAACUGCACUGGUCACAAUGUAUGACUGAUCAUAGAGAUCCUGUAUAGAGUUUUAGGAGGGAUAAAGAUCAUAUAAUUAAGCAGUUGUAUAAGAAUUGAUACUGU